AGACAUGCAAUGCAUCAGAGUUAGUACAAGGGUUUAGGGAGACAAUCAACAGGAGAGCAGCCAUGAGAUGUAAUUUAUUAAAUGCAGUAACUUUAAUAUUGCUGAUUUUCCCUCUGGCUUCCUUAAGACCAAUAUCUGAAGAAGAUGAUGCACCAGAAAUCAACGCAGCUUCUAUUAUGCAACCUCGAGGAAACAAUCCAGAGGCAAAUGUCCAGAUUGAUACACAGCAGUUAAAACUUGCAGCGGACUAUCUUAUAGACUUUGGAUACCUCCCUGAUGAAAAUAUCACUGAAUAUGCUAUUCCCAAUACCCCAUUUUUAUUUGAGGAUCAGAUUCCUGAAGAAUUUAUCAGUGGCCUGGAGUGGUUCCAAAGACAGAAUGGACUAAAAGUAACAGGAAGACUAGAUGCAAACACAGUUGAAGCAAUGAAUCUACCUCGUUGUGGGAAGCAUGAGCAGCGUAUGUCAUACAGUUUGGGAGCGAAGUGGAAGAAAGGCACAUUGACAUACAAAAUAAUUAAUACAACAUCCCUGCUGCCUGAAAAAAUGGUCAAGGAAGAGUUGGUUAAAGCAUUGAAGGUUUGGGAGAAUGUGUCAUCUCUGAACUUCAUUGAAGUGGGUAUCAACCAAACAGCAGAUAUCGAUAUGUUCUUUGUCGCUGGUCUACAUAAUGAUGGAACCAAAAAUGCCUUUGAUGGUCCAGGCCGUGUUCUGGGUCAUGCAUUCAUGCCACCAUUUGGUAAAAGUAAGAGGGACAUAGAUGGAGAUCUACACCUGGAUAAUGAUGAGAAAUGGACAAUCAAUGAAAAGAAAGGUGUGAACCUACUGCAGGCUGCUGCACAUGAAAUUGGACAUUCAUUGGGACUAGAUCACUCUACAAUCCCAGGAGCUCUUAUGGCCCCAACUUACAAAGGCUACAACCCAAAGUUUCAGCUUCACCAAGAUGACAUUGAGGCUAUCCAGUCCUUGUAUGGAAAACCUCUAACUAAGGUUAACCAGAGCUUACCAUCUCUUCAAGCGGAAAUUAGUUCCAGAGCGAAUGCAACUUCUACUAUAAGUGAAAAACCCAAUAAUCAGUUACCAAUGAAACAAUCCAUGGCAAAUGUAUGUGGUGAAGAGCCAAUUGACACAUUUGUAUCCACAAAGGAUGGCUCCAUAUACCUAUUCAAAGGUGAAUAUUUCUGGGAGCUUAGUCACGGUAAACUUCCCCUGAUUCCUAAGAAGAGAAACCCCAAGUUGAUUUCUUCAAAGUGGAAAGAACUUCCAUCUUCCAUUGACGCAGCCAUUAGAAUGCAAAACCCAACUGCAAGCCAAGAUGGGAAGAUAUUCUUCUUUAAGGGUAAAAAUUACUGGAAGUAUGAAAAUGAUCAGAUGGAGCAUGGAUACCCAAAGUUAAUCAAGGAAGGAUUCCCAGGUGUUCCAAACAACAUAGAUGCUGCAUUCACUCAACCUGCCAUUAUUGCCAAGGGAGGAAAAGUCAUCAGAGAGGAGCGAAUAUUCUUCAUCAAAGGAAAAAAUGUCAUCCUGUACAAUCCAAUCACCGGGAACAGCACCAGUCCUCAAUCAUUGCAAGAUACCUGGUUGGGGGUUAAAUUACCCAUCACUGCAGCUCUCAGCUUAAAAAAUGAGAUGUUCCUCAUUGGAAAAAAGACAUUUCAGAAGAUCCUUCUGCUGACAUAUGUCCAGGAUCAUGUGUUUGGCAACAUACAUCAAGCAAAAAGCCUUGGCCAGCUUAUUGCCUGUGAAUCUACAAAACCUUAGCGCAGAAAAGAACAAUAAAAUAUGUUAUUAGAAAUUACCUGGAUUACAUAAAACAUACUAGGAUACAAAGAAAUAUGUACAAUUAUACAUGAUUGCAUGGUGACUAAUUGUGAAGUUAAUAGACAAUGUCUGGUAAUAUGUUUUUUUCUGGGUGCUUUCUACACUCUAUAUCACAAUUAGGAAUAAAGUUAUAAAUAAACAAUUAUUCCAGUUGAUACAGUAUACAAAAUCAUUGGACCUGAAAGAAAGGUAUGAUUCUACGAGUUUGAUAAAUCAUCUUAUCAGGUUUAUAGAAACUGGAAUUCAAAUACACCAUAAGUUAAACCUUAUUUAGCUUUCUCGGUAACAUACUUAUAGAGAAUAAAAAUAUAUUGCAGAUAGAAACAAAUCAUAUGUAAAAAAUUGUCUGUAUAUACACAGUUUUUGCCAUCAUUAAAUUCAUUUUUCAAAUUA